AUGCAAACCGACAGCACAUUCAACUACUUGCAUUGGGACAUGCCCAACCUACCUAUUCUCGCUGACGAGUGGAUUGGCUUGCAGAUUCCAGAGGAGCCUAUUGCUGUACCUGAAGAAUACGAUGCAGCUCAAAAUGACGACGAUUCCGAAGUCAAGAUCACCCUGCCAAAGCGAUCCAAGAAACAAAAGUGGGAUCACAAUCCUAUGGAAGAGUAG